GUCCUUGGAGGAGGCGGCUGGGGAGGGAUGGGGACAGCGCGGAGCCGGCCCGGCUGCUGUGCGGGGGCCCGGGGCUACAGGUGACCACGUAUGUCCCUCGAUCCGAGUGAUCCUGGAGAUCCCGGAGACGCAGGCUGGUGACGCGCUAGGACGGGCGUUGGGAUCUGGGAGGUGGGGGACGGAGAGAGGCCGAGGGCUGGGUGCUCAGGCCCCGCUUUCCCGUCCAGUGUGCCUGAAUCUCCCAGGGGCGCGGCCCAGGCUGUGCCGAGAAGUUGCGACAAAUCCUCAGCACCCGGGAGGUCCGCAAACAUAGAUACUUGCUCACCAUCAUGGAUUCUCUACGGGAAGCAAAUGGCACCUUUGCCUUAAACCUAUUGAAAAUACUGGGAGAAGACAGCUUCAAAAACAUAUUUUUGUCACCCAUGAGCAUCUCCUCAGCUCUGGGUAUGGUCUUCAUGGGGGCGAAAGGAAUGACUGCAAGCCAGAUGGCUCAGACACUUUCUUUGGAUAAAUGCAGUGGCAAUGGAGGCGGAGAUGUCCACCUGGGCUUCCAGUCACUUCUCACUGAAGUGAACAAAACUGGCACACAGUACUUGCUCAGAACAGCCAACAGGCUCUUCGGGGAAAAGACUUGUGAUAUCCUAGCGUCUUUUAAAGAUUCCUGCCUCAAGUUCUACGAAGCAGAGAUGGAAGAGCUGGACUUUAAGAAUGAUACAGAGCUGUCCCGACAGCACAUCAACACCUGGGUAGCCGAAAAGACAGAAGAUAAAAUCAAAGAGUUGCUGUCUUCAGGUACAGUGGACUCGGACACUCAGCUGGUCCUUGUGAAUGCCAUCUACUUCAAAGGAAACUGGGAGGAACAGUUUAACAAAGAGGACACCCGGGAGAUGCCAUUCAAAGUCAGCAAGGAUGAGAAGAAACCUGUACAAAUGAUGUUUAAGAAGUCUACCUUUAACACGACCUAUAUUGGAGAGAUAUUCACCAAGAUUCUGUUGCUUCCCUAUGUUGGCAAUGAGCUGAACAUGAUCAUCAUGCUUCCAGAUGAACACAUUGAGCUAAAAACAGUGGAAAAGGAAAUAACUUACGAGAAAUUUAUAGAGUGGACGAGUCUGGACAAGAUGGACAGAGAAGAGGUAGAAGUAUUUCUCCCAAAGUUUAAGCUGGAGGAGGAUUAUGACAUGAAGGAUGUCCUCUGCAAGUUGGGCAUGACUGAUGCCUUUGUGAAGGGCGUGGCAGACUUUUCUGGAAUGGCUUCCAAGAAAGGCUUGUUUCUGUCUAAGGUUGUGCAUAAGGCCUUUGUGGAGGUCAAUGAGGAAGGCACAGAGGCUGCAGCUGCUACAGCUGCCAUCAUGAUGUUGAGGUGCAUGAGGUUCACUCCCCGCUUCUGUGCCGACCACCCCUUCCUUUUCUUCAUUCAGCAUGUUAAGACCAAUGGGAUUCUGUUCUGUGGCCGGUUCUCCUGUCCUUGAGGAAAGGGUGUUCCUGUCAGUCUUUUACCCACUCUCCAUGGUUUGCCUGUAACCCAAGUGACCUUAUCCAUAAAUGCAAUGGCAAUUAUGAAAUAAAGGGCUUUAUGGCACCCUAUCUUCAGAA